CAUGCCAUCAACCCCAAACCGGUUCUCCGCUCUGCACCCAAAUCACUGGCUCUGCCAGGACUGACGGAUGAGAGCGCUCCAGAGACUGAUUCAGGGCAGGGUCCUGCUCCUGACCACCUGUGCGGCUGGCAUUGGUGGUACUUUUCAGUUUGGCUACAACCUCUCCAUCAUCAAUGCCCCGACUUUGUCCAUUCAGGAAUUCAUCAACGAGACAUGGUGGCUGCGGACCGGCCAGCCACUGCCCAACCACCUGGUUCUGUUUGUGUGGUCCCUCAUUGUGUCUCUGUACCCCCUGGGGGGCCUCUUUGGAGCCUUGCUUACUGGGCCCCUGGCUGUCCUGCUGGGAAGGAAGAAGUCCCUCCUAGUGAAUAACGUCUUUGUGGUGGCCGCGGCCACCUUGUUUGGCUUCAGCCGCCGAGCAGGCUCCUUUGAGAUGAUCGUGCUGGGCAGGCUGCUCAUGGGAAUCAGUGCAGGCUUGAGCAUGAAUGUCCAGCCCAUGUACCUGGGGGAAAGUGCUCCCAAGGAACUUCGAGGAGCCGUGGCCAUGACCCCAGCCAUCUUCACUGCCCUGGGGAUCUUGAUAGGUCAGGUGGUUGGACUCAGGGAGCUCCUGGGUGACCCAGGGGCCUGGCCCCUGCUGCUGGCCAGCUGCCUGGUGCCUGGGCUGCUCCAGCUUGCCUCCCUCCCUCUGCUCCCCGAGAGCCCACGCUACCUACUCAUUGACCGUGGAGACACCGAGGCCUGCCUGGCAGCCCUGCAGCGGCUGCGGGGCACUGCAGACGUGGUGGGGGAGCUGGAGGAGCUGGAGGAGGAGCGGGUCGCCUCCCAGGACCAGCGCACCCGGCGCCCGUGGGAGCUGUUCCAAGAUCGCGGCCUGCGGAGGCAGGUGAUGAGCCUCGUGGUGUUGGGCAGUGCCGUGGAGCUCUGCGGGAACGACUCGGUGUACGCAUACGCCUCCUCAGUGUUCCAGGCGGCGGGGAUCCCUGAGGAGAAGGUCCAGUAUGCAGUCUUGGGGACUGGGAGCUGUGAGCUGCUUGCAGCCUGCCUCAGUUGUGUGCUGAUCGAGAUGUCCGGCCGCCGCGUGCUGCUGAUAGGCGGGUACUGCCUGAUGACCUGCUGGGGAAGUAUUUUCACCGUGGCCCUAUGCCUGCAGAGCUCCUUCUCCUGGAUGCCCUACCUGGCCAUGUCCUGCAUCUUUGCCUUCAUCCUCAGCUUUGGCAUUGGCCCCGCUGGAGUGACAGGGAUCCUGGCCACGGAGCUGUUUGACCAGAAAUCCAGGCCUGCUGCCUAUAUGGUUGGCGGCGCGCUCGUGUGGACCUUGCUCUUCUUGGUCGGGCUGGGGUUUCCCUUCAUUAAGGAGGGCUUGUCCCACUUUCUCUAUAUGCCUUUCCUCGCCUUCUGUGUCUGUGGGGCCAUCUAUACUGGCUUCUUUCUCCCUGAGACCAAAGGCAAGACUUUCCUGGAGAUCUCCGAGGAACUGCACAGACUCAACUUCCCCCGGCAGAGCCAGGGCCCCAAGAGGAUGGGCCCAGAAGUCAUCCUGUCCACAGAGCUGUAGCUCUGUUAGAGAUCAGAGGUAGGCAGAGAGGCAGGCAGAGAGCCUGAUGCGGGGCUCGAUCCCAGGACCCUGGGAACAUGACCUGAGCCAAAGGCAGAGGCUUUAACCUGCUGAGCCACCAUCCCUCUAAAAUCAAUAAAUCUUUAAAAAUGUUUUGAAAA